AUGGCCCUGAAGCGGGUAGCUACUACCCAUCUCCCCACUCAAGCUGGUCGUCCGAAGGUGGUGGUUGUGGUCGGCGGCAGCAUAGCAGGCCUGUCCUGCGCCCACGCCUUGCUUUCCGCAGGCUGGGAGGUCACGGUGGUCGAGAAAACCGGAAGCCCACCGUCGGGCAUCCCAAAUGGGGCGGGUUUAGGCCUCGACCGGGAGGCCCAGGAGCUCCUCUGCCGGUGGAUUUCGCCGGAGCUCGUAGACGAUGGGACGUUGCCACUCUCCAUCGACAUGGUGACACUCAAAACCCUCCAUAGCCUUUUCGAACUACGGCUUUGCUUCCUCCUCAGCUUGUCUUACUGAAUCGGCGAAUCCCCAGAACCGAGCGAUAGACAGUGAGAAGAAGAUCAGCUGGACGCUGGCUAGAGACGACGACUUUGGAUUCAGAGCCGCCCACUGGGCCGAUCUCUAUUCUCUGCUUCACGGAGCUCUCCCUCCUGGUAUCGUCCUCUGGGGCCAUCUGUUCCUCCGCUGCCAUUCUUCAGAAGAUGCAUCCACUGUCAGGAUUGAUGCCCGAGUUCUGAGCACAGGCGAGAUUGUGGAAAUAUCUGCGAAUCUUCUAGUGGCUGCGGACGGUUGUCUGUCAUCUGUUCGCCGGCAAUUCAUGCCUGAUUUUAAACUCAGGUUGGGCACCGACGGGUCAUUCUUCUUUGUUCUCAUAAAUCCUGGCUCAGGAUUCGAAAAUCCCAGGGAAAAUGGAGCUCUCAGAAAGCUGAAAAAAAUCUCCCCGGUAGAGCUGUGAUUUUCUGUGGCAAUAGGACCUGCAGUUCGCCUUGUCACCCCCUCAUUUUUCCACCACGAACAAUUCUGUGUCCUACUCUAGACCCAUUGACUUUUCGACUAAUUAUAGAUAUAAUUACUCCUCAACCAGAUUUUCCGUUGAUUCAUUCCAGACUCAUAGACUUUCCUCCGCUCUGGUUUGGAAUCAAAGAGUCCUCGUGUCCUCUUAAUAAUCUUUGAUUCUAUGUGUAGGAAAAUAAUGGGUCCCGUGAUAUCGAAAUCCUGAUCUUAAAGUAAUACUUGUUCGAUCAGAAUGAUGGACUCUGGUUCUAUCUCAUCUCUUCAACAAGUUUAGCAGUGCAGUCGAUUAAAUUCUAUCACGAGUACUGUUUUACCAACUCCAGCUCCCCCAAAUAGCCCGAUUUUUCCUCCACGGCGAUAAGGGGCUGAAAGAUCCGCCACUUUGAUCCCUGUUUCAAAGAUUUCUGCUAGCUUCGGCUGAAUGAUUUUGCUUCAUAAUGCAGGUACUCGGGGUACACUGCAUGGAGAGGAGUCCUAGACUUUUCAGGGAAAGAAGACUCCGAGACGAUCACUGGACUUCGCCGGGCUUAUCAAGAACUUGGGCAUUGCCUGUACUUCGAUCUGGCCAACAAAACUCACUGCGUGCUUUACGAGCUCAAGAACAAGAAGAUCAAUUGGAUUUGGUACAACAACCAGCCCGAACCGAAACUAAAGGUAAAUAUGCCAUUUAAUACAUUAAAAAAAACAAAUUUCAGAACUUUUUCUUCAUAGAUGGCAUCACAGUAGAAAUCCGCUUCCGUCGAUAAUACCCGUAGGGUUCUAUUGAUCAUUCUUAUCAAUUAUAGCGGAGAGAUUAGCACCUCGACUCUGAUGUUCUCGACGAUAUGAUAAUUUAACUCCCUCUUCUGGCCGAGAAUUUCUCGCGACCUGUAAGGUCAUCCGAGGUGAACUCUCUUGGCAGGGGAAUUCGGUGACCAUGAAGAUUUCGGACGACAUAGUAGAGAAAAUGCACAACGAUGCGGAGGUAAUCUGGCUCCCUGAACUGGCAAAGAUCAUGAAGGAGACCAAGGAGCCAUUCAUCAACGUGAUAUACGACAGCGAUCCCUUACCUCGGCUGUGCUGGGGCAACGUGGUGCUGGUGGGGGACGCAGCUCACCCCACGUCCCCCCACGGCUUGAGGAGCACGAACAUGUCGAUCUCGGACGCCGGAGCACUCGGCUGCUGCCUGGAGACCUGGGGACCGGAGAACUUGACCUCCGCUUUGGAGCAGUACCAGUCGAUCCGGCUUCCAGUCGUCUCGAAGCAGGUGUUAAACGCGCGGCGCAUGGGACGGAUUAAGCAGGGGCUGCCUCUCCCCGACGGCAGAUGCUUUAUCCAACAGCCGCCGCCCCAGAGCACUGCAGAGAGCUUCGGCAGAGGCAUUGAUGCAGCAUGA